AUGCUCAUUUUGGUGUGUAUUGCUAGAGAGUUUUUUUUUUCUUGGGAAGGUGCAUGUGAUCAGCACAGGGCCAAUCAGCACUGUCCAGACAGAGGGUCAAAGGUUUCAUAUCCUCCUAGAGCAGAAAGAACACUCCUCCUACAAGCUUUAACCAGUGCUCUGCUGAAGUCACAAGACUGCUCUAACUGCUGAUGAGAAAAGGUAUAUAACAAUUUAUAUUUACUAAAUUAAUUGCAUUCCCAUGUUUUGUGUACUGUGGGAGACCAGAUAUAGUGAAUGCAGGGUCCUGGGAGACCGGAUAUAG